AUGGAAGAGGAAUCAGAAGAAGUUAGUUGCUCAAAUACAUCUACAACUACCAAUGUUUCUGAAAAUUUGCCGUCACUAAAGGGCCCAAGUGUUGAUUUUUAUAAGCAAUAUGCUAGAUUUGGUGGGUUUGUGGUAAGACUAAGUACUGGAAAGAGAAUUAAGGAUAGUGAUAAAGUCUACUUGAAAUAUUUAUAUUGUAAUAAACAAGGGUUUACGAAGGAUGGUGAAACUAAAGCAAGAGUUGCUAAGAAAGAUGAAAAGCCUAAAGCUAGAAAAAUAACCAUAAAUCGUGUUGGAUGUAAUGCAAUGAUUGGGUUUAGGGAACGUUCAGAUGGAAAAUGGAUGGUUUUUGUCUUUCAUGAAUCUCAUAGCCACAAUCUUGCUUCUACCAACAGAAUGAAUUUUUUGGCAAAUGUUGGAAACCUUAAACUUGGCCAGAAAAAAUUUAUUUUUGACAACUCUAAAUUGAACAUUGGUCCAAACAAAGUCUUAUAA